UUGUGAUCCACAUCCACAGGAGGGGUGAGGUGGCCAGCCGCUGAUCCACCGGUAUCAUGGCUUCCUAACAGGAGAGGAAGUGAUUUAGAGACAAAACAGGGAUUUUUGUGAAAUAUCCGACAGAUUGCUGCACUUUCCAGACCCUGAGAUUUGGGACAGAGGGGCUUGGCCUCCCUUUUUACCCUCCGGCCGCCCCAAGAUCCAGGAUCUACUCUAAUUUUAGCGUGAAUUUCCAUCCGUAAACCGUGGAAGAUGGCCGACCCGGCGGAGUGCACCAUCAAAGUGAUGUGCCGUUUUAGGCCCCUGAACAGCUCCGAGGUGACCAGAGGGGACAAAUAUAUUCCCAAGUUUCAAGGGGAUGAGACCGUGGUCAUCGGGGGCAAACCGUACAUGUUUGACAGAGUGUUUCAGUCAAAUACAACACAGGAACAAGUGUACAAUGCCUGUGCCCAGAAGAUUGUCAAAGAUGUCUUGGAAGGAUACAACGGGACAAUUUUUGCAUACGGGCAGACCUCAUCUGGUAAAACACACACCAUGGAGGGAAAUCUCCAUGACACAGAGUCAAUGGGCAUUAUCCCCAGGAUAGUGCAGGACAUUUUCAAUUACAUCUACUCCAUGGAUGAGAAUCUGGAGUUCCAUAUCAAGGUUUCAUAUUUUGAAAUAUACUUGGACAAGAUCCGGGACCUUUUGGAUGUGUCAAAGACCAACCUGUCAGUGCAUGAAGACAAAAACAGAGUACCCUAUGUCAAGGGUUGCACUGAGAGAUUUGUCUGCAGCCCGGAGGAGGUCAUGGACACCAUCGAUGAAGGCAAAUCCAACAGACAUGUAGCAGUUACAAACAUGAACGAGCACAGCUCCAGGAGUCACAGCAUCUUCCUGAUCAACGUUAAGCAGGAGAACACACAGACGGAGCAGAAACUGAGCGGGAAGCUCUACCUGGUGGAUCUGGCUGGCAGUGAAAAGGUCAGUAAAACAGGAGCAGAGGGCGCCGUGCUAGAUGAAGCCAAAAACAUCAACAAGUCUCUGUCAUCCCUGGGAAAUGUCAUCUCUGCUCUGGCUGAAGGAACGGCCUACAUCCCAUACCGAGACAGCAAGAUGACCCGUAUCCUGCAGGACUCGCUGGGUGGAAACUGUCGGACCACCAUCGUCAUUUGCUGCUCGCCUUCGUCCUACAAUGAGGCUGAAACCAAAUCCACCCUCAUGUUCGGACAAAGAGCAAAGACCAUCAAGAACACUGUGUGUGUGAACGUGGAGCUGACGGCAGAGCAGUGGAAGAAGAAGUAUGAGAGGGAGAAGGAGAAGAACAAGACCCUGAGGAACACCAUCACCUGGCUGGAGAACGAGCUCAACCGCUGGAGGAACGGUGAGAGUGUGCCAGUGGAGGAACAGUUCGACAAGGAGAAGGCCAAGGAAGAGGUGCUGGCUCUGGACAAUGUGCUCAACGACAAGCCGGCCUCCACACCCAACGUGCCCGGGGUUCGCCUCACCGACGUCGAGAAGGACAAGUGUGAGGCUGAGCUGGCCAAGCUCUACAAGCAGCUGGAUGAUAAGGAUGAUGAGAUCAACCAGCAGAGCCAGCUGGCUGAGAAGCUGAAGCAGCAGAUGUUGGACCAGGAGGAGCUGCUAGCCUCAUCUCGUCGCGAUCACGAGAACCUCCAGGCAGAGCUUAACCGCCUGCAGGCGGAGAACGAGGCAUCCAAGGAGGAGGUGAAGGAGGUGCUGCAGGCUCUGGAGGAGCUGGCUGUCAACUAUGACCAGAAGAGCCAGGAGGUGGAGGAUAAGACCAAGGAGUUUGAGGCCAUCAGUGAGGAGCUCAGCCAGAAAUCGUCCAUCCUGUCAUCACUGGACUCUGAGCUCCAGAAGCUGAAGGAGAUGUCCAACCACCAGAAGAAGAGGGUGACUGAGAUGAUGUCAUCACUGCUCAAAGACCUGGCUGAGAUCGGCAUUGCCGUGGGCAGCAACGACAUCAAGCAGCACGAUGGUGGCAGUGGCCUGAUAGACGAGGAGUUCACCGUGGCCCGUCUGUACAUCAGCAAGAUGAAGUCGGAGGUGAAGACCAUGGUGAAGCGCUGCAAGCAGCUGGAGAGCACUCAGUCCGAAAGCAACAAGAAGAUGGACGAGAACGAGAAGGAGCUGGCCGCCUGCCAGCUGCGCAUCUCCCAGCAUGAGGCCAAGAUCAAGUCCCUGACGGAGUACCUGCAGAAUGUGGAGCAGAAGAAGAGGCAGCUGGAGGAGAACGUGGACUCUCUGAAUGAAGAGCUGGUCAAGAUCAGUGCUCAGGAGAAAGUCCAUGCUAUGGAGAAGGAGAAUGAGAUCCAGACGGCCAAUGAAGUCAAGGAAGCGGUGGAGAAGCAGAUCCACUCCCACCGCGAGGCCCACCAGAAGCAGAUCAGCAGCCUGAGGGAUGAGCUGGACAGCAAGGAGAAACUCAUCACCGAGCUGCAGGAUCUGAACCAGAAGAUCAUGCUGGAGCAGGAGAGGCUGAGAGUGGAGCACGAGAAACUCAAAUCCACCGACCAGGAGAAGAGCCGCAAGCUGCAUGAGCUCACGGUGAUGCAGGACAGAAGGGAGCAGGCCAGACAGGACCUGAAGGGCCUGGAGGAGACAGUGGCGAAGGAACUGCAGACCCUGCACAACCUGAGGAAGCUCUUUGUCCAGGACUUGGCCACCAGGGUUAAAAAGAGUGCUGAGAUGGACUCUGAUGACACCGGUGGGAGCGCGGCCCAGAAACAGAAGAUCUCCUUUCUUGAGAACAAUCUUGAACAGCUCACCAAGGUUCACAAACAGCUGGUCCGUGAUAAUGCAGACCUGCGCUGUGAGCUUCCUAAACUGGAGAAGCGUCUUCGUGCUACGGCUGAGCGGGUCAAGGCCCUGGAAUCUGCUCUGAAGGAGGCCAAGGAGAACGCCGCCCGCGACCGCAAGCGCUACCAGCAGGAGGUGGACCGCAUCAAGGAGGCCGUCAGGGCCAAGAACAUGGCCAGGAGGGGCCAUUCAGCUCAGAUCGCCAAACCCAUCCGGCCUGGCCAGCAGCCGGUGGCGUCGCCCACCCACCCCAACAUCAACCGCAGCGGGGGAGGUUUCUACCAGAACAGCCAGACGGUGUCCAUCAGGGGAGGCGGCGGCAAGCAGGACAAGAACUGAGGCGCAGCAGGACAGAAGGACGAAACCACAGAAGAAGAAGACGCCGAUAUCCCCCCCCUGCCCCCCAAACUACCCGUCAUUCCAUUACAGCGAAUAGCUCCUCGCCGCUGCUUUAGGGGCUGCGAGGGAGUUUCUGAAUUAUAAAUAUAUAUAUAAAUAUUCCUGGCCUGUACAGCUCCACCCCACCCCCACCUCCCCACCCACACCCGCUCUUUUCUCCACCCGCACCCCCCUCCCUUCAUGUCUCCUCUUAUCUCUUUCUCUAUCUGGAUAUAUUAAACACACAAAAAAAAACACAACAAAAAAAAAACACACACACACAAUUUAAUUUACAAAACGCAAGAUAUUAUUCUUAUCCACCGAACCAAACGCAGUCUUGAGCGCAGCCUCGGCGAGCGAAACCGCGCGUGACUCGAAUGUGUAGCUUCGGUUUCGUUUUUUUGCACAGUCUGUCGUCAUCCGUCGUCGUGCGAGUAGUUCUUCUGCACUGUGCCAAGCUGAAUGUAACGGUAGCAAGAUCUGUAAAAAAAAGAAAAACAACCAACAAACAAACAAACAAAAAAAAAAAAACUAAAAAAAAAAAAAAAAAAUGACCCUACCAACGAGAAUAGCUCGACUUAGGCUAACCUCUGUACAUUUCAUCAUUACUAUCGGUUGUUAACCACACUUUUCUCUGGAUAGAUUUUACAUGCUUCUUUAAGGAAAUAUAAAACUGUACGGUUUUGAAUCGACUAGAUGGCAUCGAGCACUACUGUUCUGUCCGGUCUUGUUGUACAGAUGUAAAAUUGGCACUACACGCUUCCUGAAGAGGUGUACGGUAUUCGGGGAACGGAAAAUUAAGAAGGAAGAAACAACAACAACAACAAAAAAAAAAAGAAGAAAGCAAAACGCCAAGACGUGAGACAGUGUAGAUGUAUUUAACUACAUACCUGUGGAGGCCAAUUGUUUUUAUCGUUAAGUUAAAAAAAAAAAAAAUUAUACUCGUUAUUGGUGACUUCACAAGAAGGAUGAAUUGUAAAGAGUGAGGAAGGAAGGAAGGAAAGAAGGAAGGAAAGAAGAGAAUGAUCCGGUGAAACAAAAGAACGGAAACCUUUAGCACAGCUUGUCCACGUAGCUAAAUUGUCCUGUCUUUGCUUCUCAGUGCAUUACGAUGCCGUAUUACUGGAUGAGGUGUAUAUCUCUCUGCACAUUGGAGCACAUAGACACACACGCAUACGUAGACUGAGAUAGCACACACAAAACUGGUCCUGUCCUAGCUAGGUCGGUGUCGACUCACUCAUCCUGAACCUGUGUCCCCCUUGGCUCGGAUAUUCAUUGGACGGCGGGAACCUUUUUUUUCCAUUCUUUUGUUUUGUUUUGUUAUUAUUAUUAUUAUUGUUAUUAUUGUAAACUUGACUGUUCAGGAACUGUUUGUCUAUCCGCGAGCUUUCCCUGCCAUGUCAAGCUGAUGGAGCUGAUUGGUUUAUCAUAUCAAGGGUGCCUCACUUCGAAGAAAAAUCUUUCUUUUUUUUUUCUACCCAAAACUGUCCCUCUUUUUUGUUUAUAAUAGACUUAGGACCUGUAACUGUAUGUCGUGUCCCACUGGUUGUAAAUUGCAAAAGCAAUGUGUUUUGCUGGAUUUAUGUACUGUAUUUUUUUCUUUUCUUUUCUUUUUUUUUUUUGGUCAUUGUUCCAUAGAUUGAUUGAUUGUGUAGAUUGGGAUGCAUGGGAGGGGGGGAGAAAGGCGGGUGGGAGGCGGUGUCAAUUGAUUGGCAGGACCUGCGCCGCUGAUCAGCCAAUCAGAACGAGCCAGGUCCGACGUCAGUGUGAGAGACAGUGCUGAACAAUCUUGUGUCGUCAUCUCAAGGAAGGGUUUAUUUAACUAGUCAGGGACUUAGGAUUUUUGUUUUAUUUUAUGGUUGUCGUUACUGCGUUUUAAGAAUAUUUUUUCCAAUGGUUUUUAAUCCCCCCUCCCCCCACACACACCCUUUAUCACUCAGUCGUUCUUCUCUCACCACACCCUGUUUUUAAUCCCGUGGAACCCCAAAUGCAUUUGCAAAGAGCUCGGUGUGAUUGUAACCCCAGCAUGAGAACACUAACAUCUUGUGCAAGUGCAAUAUUAAAAUACGGUAUACCAGUCGACUAAUAGGUGUGACCAGGGUGAGUCUGUCUAGCGGUAGUCCUGCCACAAUAAUGUCUAUCUAACUUGAUCUGUUGUUUUUGAACAGGAAGGAUGUGAAUAAUAGCACUUCAGAACACUUCUUCACAUAGAAACACUCCAUAUGCGGCUGUUUUUGAAUGGAGGAAAAAGAGAUUUCCAAAGCCCAGUAAAUGGAACUAUUUGUAACUGUUUACAGUGAAUAAUUUAAUUAGUAGACUGUUUGCUUUGUAGAAGCUGAGCAGGGGAGGAGUAGCUCCCCCGUAACUAUGACAGGACAGUGUUUGGUGUCUAUGAAGAUGGUUUAUUCCCUCUGUAUAAUCUUUUAGAUGAGUUAAGAUUUUGCAGCAUGGUCCUCAAGAUGUGUAUCUUUAUCCUGACCUCCCAGCAGUAUAGCAUACAAAACGGGGAAAAAUUGAGAAAAAGAACAAAUAAACAAAAAAAACAAAAGAUAGAUUUGUUUAAGGUGUUUACCAAAAUUGAAGCUGCAUUAAUUCCCAAUUAAAAAAAAUAAAUAAAAAAAAUAAAGCAUAGCCACUUUUUAUUACUGUGUAAUAGUCGCUCAAUUUGUAAAGGACAGUUUUGAGGAUCCAUCAGAGGACAAAGGUACUGGAUCAUUCCUGGAGAACUGGGGCACAAUAGCAGGGCUCAGAUUUGGAGGGAGACGGGAACGUUAAUGAGAUCACCGUUUUGGAUUGACUGCAUGAUGUAAAUGUAUGUGUGAUUAAAUAAUUAUGAGAAAACA